AUGGCGGUUUCAGAUUUUUAUGCAGCACAUCCGAACUAUACUACGAGGUUGAAUUUGCACACCAAGAAUGCACACACUCUUCUUGAUGCUAAUUUUGCAGUUCUGGAGUUAGUGAAACAUGAAAAAGUCUCUGGAUUAAUCUUAGGUCCUCAACAUGGAUCAAAACAAGAAAUAUUUGCAGCAGCAAUUGGAGAAACCGUUCGUGUACCGAUCGUCUCCUUCACUGCAAGAAGCUCGGCCCUGUCAUACGAAGAAAACCGCUACUUCGUUAGGACAACAUUGGAUGAUGCAGUUCAAGCAGAGGCUCUUGCAGCCGUUUGCAAGAGAUUCGAAUGGCCUGAAGUUGUGAUAUUGUACGAAGACACUGAAUACGGUCAUAUUUUUCUCUCUCAUGCGGCCAAGGCAUUCGAUGAUGUAGGCAUCGAACUAGCGUACAAGAUUUCCAUCUCCACAUCAGCCGACGAUAGUCGUAUCUUGAAAGAACUAAAUAAGUUAAAGAAUAAGCCGACGAGGGUGUUUUUGGUGCACGUGGGGCCCGUGCUUGGUUCCCGGUUAUUUGCUAUUGCCAAUACAGCAGGGAUGAUGAAGGAAGGGUACGCGUGGGUUGUCACUGAUAGCUUAUCAAUCUUUCUUGAUUUUGUCGAUUCCGAUGCUCGUGAUUUGAUGGAGGGAGUUCUCGGCAUAAGACCUUACCUAUUUGCCUCGGAAAACCUAAAAAGUUUCCAAGAAAGGUGGAAAAGGAAUAUGCUUUUGGAUAAGGCUACAGGUCCGAUUACGGAGCUGAAUAUUCAUGGUUUAUGGGCCUACGAUGCAGUAACUGCAUUAGCAAUUGCAGUGGAAAAUAUUCACCCUGUAAAUUCUAGCUUAUCAGACGUGAAAACGAGAAAAAACAAGACGGAAAAUACGGACUUCGAAAUCUCAUCUUUAGGUCCGAGGCUUCUGAGGGAGCUGUCGAACACAAAAUUCAGAGGCUUGGCCGGAGAUUUCGAACUGGUCGAGGGCAAAUUAAAGGCUUCGGCAUUCGAGAUAUUCAAUGUUAUCGGAAAUGGGGAGAGGAAAGUGGGAUUUUGGACUUUAGAAAGAGGAGUGGUAAGAGAAUUGAGUGCAUACGGUGAACCGAAAAACUCGACUUCGACAAAAGAACUCAAAAAUGUCUUGUGGCCUGGAAAUUCUUUUACGCGACCCAAGGGUCGGUCGAUCCUUACAACCGAAUAUCUCCGAGUCGGGAUUCCUUGGAAACCCGGAUACAUAGAAUUCGUUGAUGCGGAAUAUUAUCCAGGGACGAAGCGUGUAAACGCAACUGGAUUUUGCAUAGGUAUCUUCUUAGCUGCAUUGAAGGUGCUGCCUUUCUCUAUCGACUACGAUUAUUAUAUCUACAACGAUAGCUUAUUUAGUAACUGGAGUUACGAUUCCAUGCUUCAGAAGAUACCUCAGGAAUAUGACAUGGUAGUGGCGGAUAUGACAAUUUGGGCUCCAAGAGCAGAAUACGUCGAUUUUGCGUUACCGUACUCCGAAUCGGGAGUCGUUCUUGUUGUGAAAAACAAGAAACCGUUCAGCAUGUGGACUUUCAUUACGCCCUUCUCGUGGGAUCUAUGGGUGGCCAUUAUCGGGGCAUGCGUUUUACUGAGAUUCGCUCUUUACGCGUCGGAACUCCAAAUAGCCGACACUAGUGAAGAACUAGCCGUUGGGCCACGCGUCGAAACACCUGGAAUGAAUCAUUUCUAUCCGAUUGAAUUUCUUGGUAUCGAAUAA